AUGCCGCCGAGGUCGAAUAAGAAGCCUCGCAGGGUCCCGAGCGACACGCCCGAGGCCGCCACGCCGCCGGCCCAAGCCCGCUCGCCGUCGUCCAGCCUCGCAGCUCUCCCGGGCGACGUCCUCACUCGCAUCGCUCGCUCGCUCGCCUACGACGACCUCGCCACGUCGUCGUCGCCAGCCUCGCGCCUCGUCCCCCUCGCUCGCACGUGCAAGGCCGCGAGCCGCGCCGUCGCUCCCGUCGUUGAGGAGACGCUCUCGCUCAAGAGCUCGUCCGAGGUCGUCGAGGCGGCCAAGCGCUACAAGCCCAAAGGCGGCAAGCAGGCGAUCGAGAGCGGCGGUGCGGCCGGCGCAAAGGAGGUCAGGGCGCUCGAGAUCAGCCUGCAAGCCCUGUACUCGAGCCCGCCGGCGCUCUCGACCCUGCGCACAUCGUGCACGAGCCUCUUCUCGCUCCGCCCUUCGUCCCUCUCCUCGCUCGCCCUCUCGCUUUCGGCCACCUCGGCGCCACUUCAGCCCUUCACGGCCCUCUUCCCCAACCCUUCGACCGCCUUCAAGGCCCUGUCGUCCCUCGCCAACCUCGCCUCGUUCACCCUCGCCGGCGCCUUCCUCUGGCUGCACGACCUCGUCCCGCUCCUAUCGGCCUGGACGCACCUCUCGUCCCUCUCGCUCGCCUCACUCCGCGGCGACUGCACGCGCCCGCCUCUCUCGAGCGCCGAGCGCCCCCGCACCCUGCGCCGCCUCGUCGUGCGCGAGUCGACGCUUGCGGACGAGAUGGUCGCGUGGCUCCUCGAGGACCAGACGGCGCUCGUCGAGCUCGAGAUGGGCCUGCCCGGGUGCGAGGGCCGUGCGUGGGACGCGCUCGGCGAGGUGGUGGGCAGCGUCGAGGUCCUCAAGGUGUGGGACCGCUGGGGAGGAGCGGGAGGAGGAAGGGGGUCCAAGCGCGGCAAGAAGGACAAGGGCAAGGCGGUCGCGAUUGCGCCGGCGCCGGAGGACAUCGACGAGCUCGCGAGCGACGUCGAGGCCGACGACGACGACCAGGUCGCGACGUUCCCGCCCUCGCCGCUCCUCGACCUCGUCAGCCGCACCGACUCGCUUCGCGUUCUUUUCCUCAGCGCUUCGCUCCUUCCCUCUGCGCCCGACCCGUCCUCGUUCUACGCCCUCCUCCCGCACCUCGACACCCUCGAGGAGCUCAUCAUCGACGACACGCCCGCGUCGAGGCUCUCCAAAGCCGUCGAGGCCGUCCUCGCCGCACCCGUCGACGACGACGAGCCCGCAAGCCUCCCCAAGCUCACGCGCCUCGUCAGCGUCGUCAAGAAGCUCAAGGUCGACGCGCAGAAGCACAAGAACAAGGCGCUCGCCAAGCGCUGCGACGCGAGGGGGAUCGAGUGGGUCGUGCGCGAGGGGGCCUGA